AGAAUCAGCUGCUCAAGCCGAGCCAGCGACACUUGGUCAUGGAUGAAGGUGCAGAUGAGAUUGAGUCCGCUUUGACCCAGCUUUUCAAAGCGUAUGAUUUAGAUGAGUCUGGCUUUCUCAGCCGUGAGGAGUUCCUGGCCAUUGAGAUGCGAUUGCACUAUGAGGAUGGCCAGGUGUACCGUGGAGAAUCUGGAUGUGCCAAGAUGACACUUGCAGAUCUCGACUCGAGCGGGUUUCUAGAUUUUCAGGAGUUCCGAGUCCGAACCCUGACCGCGUACCAGGAGAUGGGUAUGUCUCGCCAGGAGGUCUUGGAUCAUAUGACCGAGCAGACUCAGAAGGCGCUGCUAGAAAGAGCCAAGAUGGGGCCUCGGUACCAUGCAGGUAUCCGACAGGCAUUGCGGAACAUAUUUGCUUUGUUUGAUGUCAAUGGUGAUGGGUGCCUUUCGCCAGAGGAGUGGAUAUCAGCGCAGAAGACUGUGGCCUCGGAGGUAAGUGAUGACCUCGACGAAGGCUGGAUUGAUGAGGCGGCUUUCCAAGCUGCUGACACCAAUGGAGACGGCGUCCUGAAUAUCAACGAGUUCCUUGAGGCAAGCUUUGCCAUGUUCGAAGGUGUAAAAAAACGCACCGACGCAAUCCUGCAGACGUUGCAAAGAAUUGAGAAGGUGCUUCAUCAACAAAGGAUGGCAGGCCGCAAGGAGACGGCGCCAGUGACCAUUUACGUUCAAACUCCUGAAAAGCCACCUUUUCAUGCACCUUCUCAAGCAUGGCAGGACGAACCAGCAGAGGACGCUUGCGAGAAUGCAGAUUCGUGGAAGGAGUGUGGUGAGGUUGCUUUGCCACUCAAUUUGGCCACUGCUGAAGAUGUGAUGGCGCUACUGCGGCUUCAUUUGAGACUGCCAUUCGAUACAUGGGUUUCUGUGUUUUAUAUUGGUCCACCACGAGAAGGAGGUGCAGGUCCAAGAUCUGUCACACUGCUUCGUGGAGAGCGUCCUGGUGAAGGCAAUACUACAGCGAUGCUAUCGUAUUUGUCAAAGCCAAAUGCGGAGCUCAAGUUGUUUGUCAAGAACCUUCGGAAGCGACCCAGCAAGCUGGUGAGACAACCCCGCGCAUUCCUAGAGGAGCGUGACGGGCUUUUCGCACAACGAAGUGGGGCUUCGUGGGGCUUGGAUUGGGAAACACAACUGGUCGGUGAAGGUGAAAAGCUGCCGCCCCGUCCAAUGGUGAUGCAAGUUGGAGAGACACUCAUCAUUGAGGUGCCUCAGACGGACGAAAAUGGGGAGUACAGGUACACAGCCAAUGCCUAUAUGGACAAGACAGAUGUGAUUAGUAAGCCAGUCAACGAAAUCAUCGAGGUCAAGAAAGGCAAAAGUAAGAAGAAGGGAGGCCCUGAACCUGAUCCAUUGCUUCAGUUGACAUUUGUUGCUUUGAAAGAAGGAAAGUGCGUGCUUUUUGUAGACGUGAGCUGGGAGGAUCAAGAAGAAAAGCUGUGCUUGACGCACCGGUUGGCUGCACCAGUGGCAAAGCACACAAUCGCCAGAAUCGGGCCGGUGGAAAUCGAUGUACAAAAGUCCGCUGGAAAACCAGAAAAAGGAGCACUCCAAUGGUGGAAUGGAGAGAAAUGGAGUGGCAAGAAAGGCCCCAAGAAAAAGGGCAAGAAAUGAAUCAAUUCUGAAUGGAUGCAAAUCAGUCUCACGCAUCAUGGCGUUUCACAGAAGACAACAAUACACAUGGUUGUUGUCACUUUCUAGUAAAUUAGCAAGCAUGUGACUCGUGUGCCAACCAUCAUGACAUGACGUGCUAACGACGAGCGACUGUCCAUACAAGAGACGCAGUCUAAAGGGACGACGGUGUGUUGCUUUUUCAAACUGAACAGCAGGAUGGAAAGAUGGACAACACGCUGCUGGAAUCAUGCAAGGAAAAUGCGGUUGUGCGACCCAUGCUUGUCCAUCCUGGACCUCCACGGGUGGCAUGGACCCCCUGAGGUCCUACAAAGGGUCGUGCAGGGUCCAAUGGCAAAGAAG